AUGGGCCAAACUUUCAGCUUCGCCAACAUCUUCUCCAAGCUCUGGGGGGUGCAAAAGGAAAUCCGCAUUCUCAUUUUGGGCUUGGAUGGUGCCGGGAAAACCACGAUUUUGUACCGUUUGCAAAUGGGCGAAGUGGUGACCACAAAACCCACCAUUGGCUUCAACGUGGAGACGUUGAAGUACAAAAACUUGACGUUGAACAUCUGGGACUUGGGCGGCCAGACGUCGAUCCGGCCCUACUGGCGAUGCUACUACUCCAACACCGCCGCGGUGAUUUUCGUUGUCGACUCCACCGAUAAGGAGAGAAUCGACAUUGCUGGCAAAGAGCUCCAUACCAUGUUGAAAGAAGAAGAGUUGCUAGAUAGCGCACUCUUGGUGUUUGCCAACAAGCAGGACCAGCCGGGCGCCUUGACGGCGGCUGAGGUGUCGCAGGCGCUCAGUCUAACGGACUUGAAGGAUCGGUCCUGGAGUAUUGUGGCGUCCAGUGCCAUCCGCGGCGAAGGUUUGACCGAGGGUUUGGACUGGUUGAUGGAUGUGAUCAAGGACGAGCAGUUGUGA